GGGCUAUACAACACAGUGAAACAGUGGUAGUUUUCCAAUUACAGAGCAUAAUGCGACUCAGUGGCGCACAAUGCCGAAUUAUGCUGAAGCUUAAUUGGAACGUGAAUUAGUUUUCAAAUGCAUCAGCAGAGUGCGCUAAGUUCAGUGUUGAAAAAAAAAAUAUUUAUAGAGUUAGCAACCUCAUUGAUGUAUAAAUAAUGUGGUAAACAAUAAUAGUUGGUUGAAAACUAUUUAUGUUUAAUUUAAGUAAUUUGGAUUUUGAUUAUUUCAUUAACAUUUUUUUACGUUUUGAGUAAUUUUUUUAAAUGAGUUCUAAAAAAAUUAUAUACUUUUUAAUUGAAUCAUCUUAUCCAGAUGAUAGUGAUGACGAUGAUUUAUUAAGUGCUUCGAGUUUAAAUCAAUCAAUUAUUUCAUUAUCAAGUGAUAUAUUUAUUGAAAAUAUAUAUGAUAAUGAAACAGAUGAAUUAUUUGAGCCAUUAAUGAAGUAUCUAAUGACAGGUUGUCGAAAGGAAAGAGUAGAAAAUUAUCUCAAUGUAGUAAAAGCUUGGACGGAUGCUGAAUUUAAAGAAAAUUUUCGAUUACCGCGAACUACUGCAUAUCAUCUAAUAAAUGAACUUGAAACAUCGACUUUUAUUCCCAAGAAUACCUUUGGAAUGAAACCCAUCACCGCUGAAAUAAGCUUUUUAAUAUUUUUGUGGUUUAUUGCAAACACUGAACCAUUGCGGACUAUAUCAAAUUUAUUUGAUAUUUCAAUUUCAUCAACAUACCGAGUCAUUCGUCGUGUCAUAACUUGGAUUCUAACGAAAUUGGAUGAUGUUAUCAAGUGGCCUCAGACUAAUCGUGCAGUAAUCAAUACAUGUGAAGGUUUUUUCGCAAAAAAAAAUUUAUCAAAUAUCUUAGGAGCAAUCGAUUGUACACAUAUAAGGAUUGUAAAGCCUUCUGAGGAUGCAGUAGAUUAUUGUAAUCGGAAAAAAUAUUUCUCUAUAAAUCUUCAAGCAGUAGUUGAUUCUAAUAUGAAGUUCACUAAUAUUUAUUGUGGUGAGCCAGGAUCUUUUCAUGAUGCUCAAGUUUUUCGAAGAUCACCUUUAUAUGAAGAAUCUCACAAUAAUAAAGAAAACGUAUUUCCAAAUAAUACUUUUUUAAUUGGAGAUUCUGCAUAUCCAUCGCUAUCAUGGCUUGUUCCACCAUUUCGAGAUAAUGGUCACUUAACUCCUCAACAAAGAGAAUUUAAUUAUUUGCAUUCAUCUACACGAAUGUCAGUUGAAAAAGCUUUUGGACUAUUGAAAAGCCGUUUUCGACGAAUUAAAUUCUUUACUGAAUACAGAGAUUUAUCAUUUGUAUCCGAGGUUGUUACAGCUGCAUGUAUUUUGCAUAAUUAUUGCAUCGAUGUACAUGAUAAUUUUGAUAACUAUGAAGAUAAUAAUAUACAUGUAGGGAUAAAUUUAGAGGAACAUAGUUAUGAAGAACAAUAUCAAAAUAAUAAUAAUGAUAGAGAUUGUAGAAUGACAUUAUUCAGAGAAUUGUUUCCAGAUGCACAAGUUGCAUAAGUUCAAAAUAGAAUAUAUAUCUACGCUUUUCGAUACCACUUGUAAAUUGAAUUGUAAAAAUUAGAAUGUAAAAAUCAAUUGAAACGAUAAAGAAUUGUCAUUUAUUAAAUAAGUUAUUUACUGUUUAUAACCUAAUUAAAAAAAUCUCACAAAUAUGUAGUUAUGAUAGUACUUAAUAAAAUACAGAAAUGAAAAAUAAAGAAAAUUUUAAAA